AUGAGAAUUUAAGCUACAUCGUUUAGAUUGCCAUCAUUAAAACUAUAAUCAAAAGACUCUUACUAGUGUCUCAGCAACCGGGAUAAUAAUCUUUCAAGUUCCUCAAUGAUUAAAUACUAAAGUAGUCUCCUAUGGAAUUAUGAUCCAACUCCAAUUAAGAAGAGAGUUAGAGGAAUGACCAUAAUCAUUUACAAUAGUCAUGAAAAGCUAAAAACAGCAGAUUAUUGCAAUCGAGCAGAAUCCAUUACUUAGAUCUAAGAAACUAAUUAAAGUACUUCGGUUGUCAAUACCUUUAGAAGAUAUAGAAAUAAACUUAAACAAUUGACGUAGCCUACCAAAAAUGAAGGAGCAAAUUCAAGGAAUCCUCUUUUAUAUAAUUUUAAAGAUCCUGGACCUCCUAUUAGAUUGGAUCGAUUGAAUAAUGAUCGCAAAGAUCUCCAACUUCAAGAAAAAGCAACACUGUUAAUGAGUAAGGUGAGAUUGCUCAUUUCUUCUUAAUAGCUCUAUUAAGAGCCAGUUAAUCAGGAUAUAUUUCAUGUCAAACUUGUAAAACUAAAAGCUGAAUAUGACUGUUUAUACCAAGACUUUAAUGACUAUUAUGUUUAAAUUAAUAAAUUAGAUCAACAUGUAUUGAAAUUGCUGAAUCAUUUGGAAAUCAUCUAGACUCUAUUGAAACCAAAGAAGCCAAAUAAAGUUAUAAAAUAACAACUAUAAUAACCUUAUAUACGACAACUAGAUGAAUAAUCUCUUUUUGGAGAGGCAUAAGAAAUUAUAGAAGAUACACCUUAACAAUCUUAAAUUGCUUAGCAUCCACAGUUUUCCCCUUUGAAAUAAAAUGAAUAGAAUUGCAAUGAGCCAAGAGAGUCCAGUGUAUUUACUCCUCUCACUUCUAAACAAUCUAAUGUUGAUCAAUCUAUAAGUGAUUUAGAGGAUAAUCAUCAAAAAAAACCAAGUAAACCAAAAAAAUUAAAAAAUAUAAACAACAACUCUUAAAUAUCUUAAGAUAUUAUUAAUGCUGAAUAAUAGACGCUUGAAUCAAUAAAUUUAGAUAAAUAACCUUAGGUUACUUAAUAAAUAUAGCAUCAACCAAAAGUAAAUUAAAGUUCAAUUCCUUAAAGUAAUUUAACUUAAUCCAUUCAAUAGAAUAAUCUUUAUGAGUAACCAAAUAUAUUAUAAGAGCAUAAUAAUUCUUAAGUUGAAAAGCCAACUUUUAAGAGAACAAUAAGCAAUUUAGGAUCAACUAGUAAAAGAAGAAAUGCUAUGCUGGAAAGUAAGGAUGGGCACAGAAAUUAAAAUAAGGUGGGGACAAUUUUAGAAUAGGAUGAUAAUAAUUUAGAAGAUGAAGAAGAACCAGAAGUGUUAUAAAUAGAUAGUUAGAGAGACUUAAAUGAUGAACAAUAAUAUUAAAGCAAAAUGGCCAACUCUAAAUUUUCUCUCUUAGAUAUUUUAAUCGAAUCUUUAAAUAUUUAUAAAUAUCCAUUUCAAAAAGAUUGGGAAUUACACAUCGAUGAAAUAACUAAAGGUACUAUUUUUUGUGAAUAUGAUAUAUGA